CUACCAUGGAAGAGCUCCACGAUCUAUCAAGGUGACUUGCGACAAGUAAGAAACAAUCACUUGGUGGCCGUGCACACUUAUGUCAAUUCAGGAGAUGUCACUUCUAAUGGUACCCAAGGCUCUAGCCCAAGCCCUUCCGGUAAGGUGAUACUUCAGAAGUUUAUGAUGAUGAUAACACGAAAAAUCGUGAAAUUGCGUAUGACCGAACUCUAGCGUGGAGAACUGAGGGCACGUAUAAAUGCUAGAUAUGGACACAUACUCUAUGGCUAGUGCAUAGCGAGUCAUUCUCGCCGAGAUUUGAGGCUUUUGUACGCAGAUCACGUGAGAUUUAACCUGUACCAUCCCUAACAUAGAGUGUCUACACCUGGAAACCCCCACUAAUCAUUCUGAGAUAUUUACUAUUAUGGUAGUGCAUCAGAAUGAUUCAUACAUGGCUGCUGCACAUAAUUGGCGAAACGAAGCGAGCCCUCCUAGUCGCCUGUAUGUGGAAUUUAUACAUGUAACAAAUCACACUGACACACGGUCUAGUGCGCCGAGGGUUUGCACUUUAGUGCUUCUAAUACUAGUAUAUACGUAAUUGUUAUGCUAUGUACACAUUCAAGGUUCAUCUGCUCUACUACAAGCCAGUAGAAAUGGUGAUCUUAGUCAAGUGAAGUACCUGGUUGAGGAAAGACAUGUUGAUCCACAUUCUUGUGAAGAUGAAGCGAAACAAUCUCCCCUUCACUUUGCUUCUGCACUUGGUCAUUUAGACAUUGUAAGGUAUUUAGUGGAAGAAAGAAACUGCCACACAGAGUGUAGGACUAAGUAUGGGAGCACUCCUCUUCAUCUUGCUGCAGUGGGAGGUAGGUUAGAUACAGUGAAGUACCUGAUCAAUGAAAGAGGAUGUGACCCAAUGUGUAGAGGUGAGAAUGGUUGGACUCCUCUUCACUAUGCAUGUGAGGGUGGCAGACUGGACACAGUGAAAUAUUUGAUAGAGGAGAAGAACAUCGAUUCCUUGUGUCAAGGUGGGAAUGGUGUUACUCCACUUCAUUUAGCAGCUUUGAAUGCACCACCUGAGGUUGUGAAGUACCUUAUUGAAGAACGACGUUGUGAUCAUAGUGUUACAAGUACGUUAGGAAGCCUUCCAAUUCAUCUUGCUGCACAGGGAGGUAGAUUAGAUACAGUGAAGUAUCUGAUCAAUGAAAGAGGCUGUGACCCAAUAUCUAGAGAUGAGAAUGGUUUGACUCCUCUUCACUAUGCAUGUGCGGGUGGCAGACUGGACAUGGUGAAAUAUUUGAUAGAAGAGAAGAACGUCGACUCCUCGUGUCAGACUAAGGGUGGCACUCUUCCACUCCACAUUGCUUCCAGUCAUGGUCACCUGCCAGUAGUGAAGUUACUUGUUGAAGAUUACCAUUGCAAUCCUGGCGUCAUGGACAAGAUUGGGAUGACUCCAGGACAUUGGGCUCAGAGAAAGGACCAUGUCGAGAUAUCUUCAUAUUUGUCAUCCAUGGAGAAGGCCAUCCCUAGUGAAGAUGGUCCCUCCUAUAUUCCAGAGGACACAUCAUUACUCAGGGAGUCAGAGGACGCCAGCCAUGAAGAAGUUGAAGAAUCGUUUUCAAAAUAUCUCGAGGAGGCAAUGAAGAAAGGCUAUGUGGUAGUGAAGCUGGUGAAGGUGAUAGUAGUGGGUCCUGCAGGUGUUGGUAAAACCUGCCUCAUCUACCUCCUCCUUGGUAAAGACCCACCAGACAAGAGACACAGCACCGGCUGUGCUGAACGAUCAAUACGAGUGAUACGCAUAGGCAAAGAAGGAGAGGAGUGGAGUGAAAUAUCCACUGAAGAGUUCAUGAAGAUGAUUGCAGAAGCAGUUCCUAUUCUCUAUAGUGAGCUUACGGCCAAAACAGAACACCCAGAAGAAGAAGAUAAGAUGGAAGAAGAGGUGAGUGGUGGAGGGAUUGAAGUAGCUAUGGAGAGUGAACCGGUUGAAGAACAUGAACAUGAGAUAGAGGGAAUGGUCGGAGGCAGAGUGAGUUUGACAACUUUGCUCAACAUAGUACUGAUCAGGGUAUGGCUGAAGACGAGUGUGGUAGUAGUGCAAAGAGUAGAAGAGAAGUCAUUGAUGAUGUGAUUCAGAGACUUACAAAGCUAGUGGGCAGUGGCAAGACAUCACGUCGUCUACUCGACAUGGAGAUGAUCUACCUAACAGACUGUGGAGGCCAGCAAGCCUACUGGGAUCUUGCUCCAAUCUUCAUGCGUGACACCUCGGCCACACUCUUUGUCCACCGACUGUGUGAGAAACUUGAUGAAUAUCCUCUCAAUGAUCUGUACCAGAGUGGGAAGAGAGUUGGCGAUGAACAGAGAGCUAGACUCACCACUGCACAGGCCUUCAAGACAAUGCUUCAAGGACUAGACAAAGAGGAAAAUCGUUCAAAGAUAAUUGUUGUUGGAACUCACAAGGACUUACUUCAUGA